CAGCGCAGGGGAGCUGGAGGGGGGUAGGAGCGGCCGCCUUCUUUUCCUCUGCACUCCCUUUCUCUUCCUCCCUCUCGCACACACUCACACCGCGACUGUCGACCUCCCCGCUUGCUCUUUACGGGGCCUGAGAGGCCGGGAACGGAGACCGCGAGCGUCUGCAAAUCACGUCGCCGCUGGCCAGGGAGAGCGACCGGGCGGCACACGGCCACGUGACGGGCAGACAGGCUUCUGUUCCAUUUUCAUGGAAGAGGAGCGGCGAGCAGGGGCCCGAAAGCUACUCUGCGGCCGGCUCGGAGGAGUCGGGGAGGAAAGAGGCGAGGCAGUUGAAGAUAGAAGAGGCCGGAGAGGCUCUGGAAGGGCAGGAGAGACUCUGUCCGAUUCCGAAAUCACCGGGAGUGCGGACAUCCUUCACCUGUGACGCCAGCCCCCCCCCCCACCUGAUCCCCCCACCUCCUCCAUCGCUCCGUUUUGUCGGCCUGCUCCGGCGCUCUGUCCACCCGCCUGUGAGCAUGCGGAGUGUGUGCGUGCCGCCCCCGCUGCUGCUCUGUGCCUGCGUGUCUCUGCUCCUGCCCUGCUCCGUCUCACAGCCCCCUGCAGAGAGUGACACCUACACGGAGUGCCCGGAUGGCUACCACUGGGACCCAGAGAGCAGGCACUGCAAAGACAUAAAUGAGUGUGAGACCAUUCCGGAAGCCUGCAAGGGCGAGAUGAAGUGCUUCAACCACUACGGCGGCUACCUGUGCCUCCCACGCUCCGCCUCCUUAAUCCCUGCCCCCGAACCGCCCAACCAAUCGGAGCACAGCGAGGUCUUCAACUCCUGUCUCCUUGGGUACGAGCUGCAGGGGGACAGCUGUGUGGACGUGGAUGAAUGUGAGCAGGACACCCACGACUGCCAGCCGAGCCAAGAGUGCUUCAAUGUGCUGGGAGGCUUCACCUGCCAGUGUCCUGAGGGAUACCGCAAAGUCGGCACCGAGUGCAUUGACAUAGAUGAGUGCCGGUACAGGUACUGCCAGCAUCGCUGUGUCAAUGUUCCUGGGUCCUUCUCCUGUCAGUGUGAGCCUGGGUUCCAGGUGGCCGGGAACAACCGCUCCUGUGUAGAUGUGAAUGAGUGUGAAAUGGGAGCCCCCUGUCAACAGAGAUGUUAUAACACGUACGGCACCUUCCUGUGCCGCUGUCAGCAGGGCUAUGAACUGGCCUCUGAUGGCAUCACAUGUAACGAUAUCGAUGAGUGUAGUUACUCCAGUUUUCUAUGCCAGUACCAGUGUUUGAACCAGCCAGGAAAAUUCUCGUGUGUGUGUCCGGAAGGGUACCAACUACACGGAACACGCCUCUGCCAUGAUGUGAACGAGUGCGAGCUCGGCUCGCAUCGGUGUACUGACGGACAGACGUGCGUGAACAUCCACGGCUCAUUUAAGUGUGUGGAGACCGACCGCUGCCAGGACCCUUAUGUGCAGGUGUCUGACAACCGCUGUGUUUGCCCCGUAAAUAAACUCGCUUGCCGGGACGUGCCUUUCUCCAUCGUGCAUCGCUACAUGAGCAUCACGUCUGAGCGUGCCGUCCCAUCAGAUGUCUUCCAGAUCCAAGCCACCAGCAUCCACCCCAGGGCCUACAAUACCUUUCGUAUCCGAUCUGGGGACGACAACGAUGAUUUUUACAUCAGGCAAAUUAACAACAUGAAUGCCAUGCUGGUCUUGGCCCGUGCUGUGACCGGACCCAAUGAGUACGUUCUGGACCUAGAGAUGGUGUCCGUCAACCGCGUCAUGAGCUACCAGAGCAGCUCCGUCCUACGUCUGACCAUCUACGUGGGACCGUACGCUUUCUAGGGAAGGAGUAACCAACAGAGAAUAAGGGAGUGAGAGGCCGAGGCAGAAGGAUAGAGUGGAGAGAUAGUGAGAGGGAGGGAAGGAUAAGAGGGAUAGAGAUCAGGGAAAUGUUGGGGUGGCCAAAGAGGAAUGGAAGGAGAGAGAAUCUCAGACCCACAUUCACCCGCAUUCAGGCCUUUGUCAGCUGGUCCUGUCUGGAUUUAGUCAAAACUAGUGUGAUGAUUUCAAAGAGUAACUAAUGUCAAGCAAAUCUCCAGUAGGGACCAACCAUGCAACCAUUACAUCACACGGCAGACAACGAUGGGUUUAGUGAUUGGCGGCAACAAAUUUGUGAGCGUGUGGCUCCUGUGGACGAGCGGCUGACUGGCUUUCCAAGGCCAAACCCUGUUUUUUUCUUCAGAGAAGUGAAACUAACCCUGUACCAGCGCCUGCGGAAAUUGAGAUGAGAAUAAAGAUGAAGAUAUUUAAAAUAUGUAAAGACACUAAUAACAGUUAAUAAUAUUCAUGCGAUCCCAGCCAGUCCAGUCUGAUUCGACACUUAAUUACCAGCCCCAGUUUAGGAAAGGACAUUUAAUGAUGCAGUUUUACGGCAUCGUCUCAGUAUCACAGUGAGGUUGGGCGAUGGCUGCGUGCUCCCAUGCAGUCUCGUACGAUCAGACUCCCCCCCCCAUGCUUUCAGACUGGCUGGCUAUGCUUUAUAGUCUCGCCUCUCUCUGCAAGACCCUCCGGUGCUCUGCCGUUAUCCCCCCCCCCUCAGAACAGCUUCCAACCAUCCAGUCAGUCCAGUCGCACCCAUCCACCUUUCACUGCGAGCACUCACAGUCGCUGACCACCCUUCCCGCUCGUUUGGACACCGCAGACCCCCACCCUCCCGCACAGGAUUAUGGAUCAGUGGGUUAUAAGGGGGGGGUGUCAUUCUCAGUCCGGCCCGUCAUUCAUGAGGCCGAGGCUCCGGUCCUGCCGCCAUCCCUACUCCACCGGCAGCGACAUUCCCGUCUCCCUGCUCUUUAUCCCAUUCGCUGAGCCAGUCCCAAACUCAUGUAAUAUUUACUCUCAUCUACAUAUUUAAUAACCACUCCCACUCUACCCCCACUUCCUGUCCCGCUCCCGUGUUCCUGCCUUAUGCCUUAGUUAUCCUUCCAACCUUCCUUACCAUUUUAGUUUUGAUGUAUUAUGGAAAAUAUUGUACUUUUUUUUUUGUUCAGAAAAUAAUACGUAAAUAAAAGGAAAUAAGGUUAAAAUCA